AUGACCUCACUGAGGGGGGCACCGAGCCUCAACAGGCCCGCGCAGAAGGGCUUCUCGUACGAUGUCCUCGAUGACGACGUCGAUGACGACUACAUUGUCCCCGUGAGCAGCGGGGCCGAGGAGAAGAAGAAGCGGAAAGGGGGAAAAAAGAAGGACAAGGAGCGGAAGCGGGAGAAGAGCAAAAAGCGGGGCGAGCGUCACACCUCCGACAGCGGCGGGGGAGGGGGCGGUAGCGGCGGAGGAACGACUGGGCGAAGUGGUGGAGAAAAGACGCGGAGUCAGCCGGCCUCCGCCGUGGAAUACGAUGACGACGACGACGACGUCGUGGACGAGGUGACGCAGUACUCGGAUGACUUUGAGGACGACGAUGCUGCCGCUGUACCGCCCAUGCCGGCUUUUGAUGCGACGAAGGAGCGGCAGAACAUUGCCGAGGAGGAGGCACGUCUCCAGCGCAUCGCCGAGGAAAAAGUGCGUGCGAUCAAGGAGCGACACGAAGAGGAGGUGCGGCGUUGGCAGGCGGAACGUCAGCAGGCAGAGAGUGUGCUGCGUCAGCAGCAGGAGGACCUGCGCGCGCAGGUGGAAGAGUUGAAGCAGCUCCAGGAUCAGAAGAUGAAGGAGACAACAGCAGCGGCAGCGGUGAGGAGCGGAGGCGACGAAGAAGUUAUGAACAGAGCACGGGUGCAACAGGAGGAGCAACAACAGCCACACACAGAGGCGCAACGUCGUCGACUACGCGAGAGGGAACGUGCAGUGCAACUCCGACGACUGGAACAAGAGGAGGCGGCACGCAGUCUAUUCCAGCGGCUAGCACAGGAUGUCCGUGAGGUGUUUCACGAGCUGAAUCUCUCUGUCGUGGCCGCAGAGAAAGAGCGACUCAUCAAGGACGAGCGGUACCGCAAAGAACGAGAGUUGAAGGACCGUCGUGAGGAGGUGGAGCGGCAAGAGCGGCUGCAGAAAGAAGUGAGGGAACGCGAGGAGCGGGAGGCCAAGUUCUGGGCUGCGAUGGAGGAUCGCGAGACCCGAUUCCGCACACUCAUAGAAACAAGAGCACUGAAGGACGAGGAGGAGCGGGAGACACGCCGCAAGCGCGACCUUGAAGACCGCGAGGCGCGCGUGAAGAGCGACAAGGAUCUACGUGAUGAACUCGACCGCAUCGACCGAGAGCGGCGGGAUAAAGAAGAUAAGAAUGUCCGUGACCGGGACCGUGUGCUGAUUCAGACGCAGUUAGAUGAUGUAAGGCGUCAGUACGAAGCGCAGGUGGAAGAGGCGCGCCGUCAGUUCGAGCUCGACCGCGCGCACGCGGAGGAGAUGCACCGCCUGGAGCUCGCAGCCAUAGAGAAGCGACAUGCCGAGUCGGCAGGGCAGAGUGAUAGAAUGCACGCGCAGCAGAUUUCGCUGAUGGAAGCCCACACAGGAAACGCGGCGAAGUUGGAGAAACUCAUUGCGCAGAUGCAUGAAGACAUGGACGCCACCAAGAAGAUGAAUGUGACACUCACAGAGGAGCGACUGGUGGUCCUGCGACAAAAGGAGCAGUUGAUCGAGGAGCAGAAGGUGCUUGUGGACGCCGUUCUCGAGGAGCUCAAGUACACCAAACAAGAGAUGGAGAAGGAGCGCACACGUAUUGCCUCGUUGUACGCGAAGUUGGACAUUUCAUUGUCAAAUUUCACGAAGGAAGCGACCGAGGAACGCCGACGCUGCCAAGAGGCCCAUGCGCAUUAUGAGACGUUGCGGCAGCAGCUUGAAAAGGACCGGAAGCUGAUGCUUCAUGAGGUGGCGCAAGAGCGCAAAGUUUUUGAGCAGCAGUACGAAGAAUUCAUGGCAAAAAAGCUGCAGGCCAUGUCAGAGCUACAGGAGGAGCGAAUGGCAAUUGCGCGGGAGCGGACAGAAGCCGCUAUGGUGCGAGAGCGUCACAACAAGAACGAGACCGAGAUGCUACAGUCUCUGCGGGCACAGGAGCAGGCGUAUGCUGCAAAGAUCGAAGGAAUUGAGGAGGAUCGUGCGUCUAUCAGUGCGAUGCGGCAAGAGCAGAAGCGCAUCUGUGACGAGAUCGCCACAGAGCGUGAGUCGCUUCGAAAAGAACGUGAGGCUUUCGAGAAGGAAAAGGCCGAAUUGCUUCACCGCUUUGAAGAGUUGCAGCUGCGCGCGGCGGAGGCGGGUGCUGCCCACGAGCGUGUAUGUCGCGACAUGGAGCUGCAGAGCGCUGCCAAGACAAAGGCGGCAGCCGAUCAAGUGACUAGACGUGUUGCUGCGCAUGUGGACCCUGCAGUGGUUGCUGGAGCGGCGUCACGGCUUCAAAUUGAUCUCUCGCGACAGCGUGCCGUUUUGAAGCGUAUCACAUUUCCGUAA